GUGGCAGUGACGUCGCCAACACCGGAAGCGGUCAGAACUGGAAGAGAAACACCGACCUCCAUACCAUCAAUAAGCCGGGAAUACUGGAAAAAAACAACGAAAUGACACAAUAACAAUGAUGUGCGGGGACCCUGGACAACAUUCAGCUCUGCAAAGCUCUAGUAACAUCUGAAGUGUUUGCUUUGGCUCGUUUCAACAGAGUGUUUCACAGCAGUGGAUCACAUUGAAGUCACUGAAUUUCACUGAUAUUGUUGAGGUCAAGGGGUACUGCGGUUUAACCAUGACCUGUCGGGAUCGUACACUUGAGUUCCAGUCGGCUUGUAAGUCACUUCAAGGGAGACAGUUACAGAAUGGGACACACGCUAAACCUGUCAUUAAUGCCCUUAAACAGCGAAGUGACUUCACUCUUAUGGCCAAGAGAAUUGGGAAAGACUUGAGCAACACUUUUGCCAAGCUGGAAAAGCUGACAAUUUUGGCCAAACGGAAGUCUUUGUUUGAUGAUAAAGCAGUGGAGAUCGAAGAGUUAACAUACAUCGUUAAACAGGACAUCAACAGUCUGAAUAAGCAGAUAGCACAGCUGCAAGACCUUGUGCGAUCUCGCAGCGGGCAAAAUGGCCGCCACAUCCAGACACAUUCCAACACAAUUGUUGUCUCCCUGCAGUCAAAGCUGGCAUCCAUGUCAAAUGAUUUCAAGUCAGUCUUGGAAGUGAGAACAGAGAAUCUGAAGCAACAGCGCAGCAGAAGAGAGCACUUCUCACACGCUCCUGUCUCGGCAUCACCUCUCCUCACCAAUAACUUUAAUAGUUCAGUUCUAAUGCAGGAUGAGUCGAGGAGUUUGGGAGGAGAGGUUGCCAUUGACAUGGACUCCAGAGCAAACCCCCUUCAACUCCAGCUCAUCGAUGAACAGGACUCAUACAUUCAGAGCCGUGCAGACACGAUGCAAAAUAUCGAGAGUACUAUUGUGGAAUUGGGUUCGAUAUUUCAGCAGUUGGCACACAUGGUCAAAGAGCAGGAGGAGACGGUCCAGAGAAUCGACGCCAAUGUGGACGACACCCAGUUAAAUGUAGAAAUGGCCCACAGCGAGAUCCUCAAAUACUUCCAGUCCGUCUCCUCCAACCGCUGGCUCAUGAUCAAGAUAUUCCUCGUUCUCAUCAUCUUCUUCAUCAUCUUUGUGGUCUUCCUCGCUUGAUAGGGAACGGGUAAGGAGGGAUGGAAACGGAGUCAAGGGGUUGAAGGACUUAUGGGCGAAUGUGCAAAUCACACGAGGAAUGGACCAAAGGGGCUCUGGAAGGGGUUGAUUUUUGAUGCUUAUAGGUGAAAUGAUUUUAGGGUCAGUUCACUAGUUAAUUCAGUCACUUAUCAGAUUUAACUUUCUCACUGUUGAGAGUGAAAAGUGAAUAAUGAUAGUGAUGUUGAUGAAGUUGAAACUGAGAUUUACUGUGUAUUCAGCGAGAGGAGGCUGUUCUGAAUCUGCAUUAAUUUUUGAGCCUUCAUUUUUUUAUACUACUACUAAUAAUAAGGCUUUUCUUCUUGAAUGGUUUGAUUCUCCAAACUGGUUUAGUUUUUUUCUGACAGUGUUAUCCAUAAUCAGCGAUAACAUUUUUACAAUAAAUUAUAUGCCAUUGUUUCUGAUAAACCCAAUUCAUUUUUAUAUCAACUCCAGGCUCUUAUUUGCAAUUCUGAAGAAAUGUUAUUUCAUUGUUUCACCCCAAAAUCUGCAGAAGAAAUAUAUUUGUCUUAAAGACAAUGAAACCUGUUUUAGGAUCUGUUUAUGCAUUGUGACAUUAUUGUGAUAAAAAUGAAGCAUAUUUUCCCCCUCAAAAGCUAAUUUCUUUGCACAUUUUUGGUCUUUUUGCUAAAUAUUCAUUUAUUUAUUAAUUUUUUGGGUGAAAUAUAUGAAAUUCACAUUUCUUGAUAGAUUUCGGGAGAUUUAUAGUGUUAGCCAAGGCCUUGUGAGUAUCGGGUCUGUAAUAUUACAAACUGUUUCAAAAGCGCUUUUUCUUUUUCAUCUGAGUUUUAUUCUGCCAAAUACAUAAGGAGAAGGAGAAACUGUCUGGUCUUAUGAUUUUGCACUGCUUGAUGAAGAAAUAAAUGAAGAGCAAAUGAAGACCAAAGGUUUUUAUAUAUGAGCUAACUGUACUAGAGACUCUAAAAGAUUAAACUGCAGUCGAAAGAGACUCCAGACGGUUUAACAGGCAGCUCUGGACUGCUCGUUCAUCUCUUCAGGAUGUGUUUUCUUCCAGAUGAGAAAUUUGCAUGAGUAAGACUGGAACGGUGAACAUCUGCUAAUGAAGAAGAUGUGUGCUGAUAAAUGAGCAGACCUCAGGUGUUUUGCCUUUAUUUUGAAGAGCAGCUUUGGCCUGACGAACACUUGAGACUCUUGCACAGGGAGUCGGUCUUGAACUUAAGAUCUGCUCCUUUAAACUUUGAUUCUUUGAAUGAUGAAUCACCAGAGAAGCUAGUAGAGAUGAUGUCUUCGAAAAUCCUUCUGAUAUAAGCAGCAUUUUAAAGGUCAAACAUGGACUCUCUUUGUUUCACACCACACGCUCAGACUCAUGAACGAUGUACAGUGUAUUAUUUAAUGAGCACUUUUUAUGAAAACUGUUUCCAGGCUUUUUUAGCUGAAUGCUCUGCAUCUCUUGUAUAAACUGAACACUGCUAUAAUGUAAAUUACAUAUAAUACAGAGUAAAACACAUCUGAGACAUCUGA